AUGCCACCAGAAAACUCAGUCCUCGUCCAAAAACGGCCCUCCGGAAUCACAACAAUAUGCAUAAACCGCCCGCACCGGCGCAACGCCGUCGACGGUCCAACCGCUCACAAACUGCACGCCGCAUUCAUCUCGUUUGACACCGACAAGACGCAAAGAGUAUGCGUCCUGCACGGCUCUCAGGGCAAUUUCUGCGCCGGUGCAGACUUACAGGAAGUCGCCAAGAUAUCCAAUUCCUCUUCUGAAUCAAAGGAAGAAAAAUCAAACCCAAUGCAGCCUGUUACCAACUCAAACCCGGCUCCCAUGGGCCCAUCACGCAUGAUGCUAUCCAAACCCGUCAUUGCAGCAGUGGCGGGCCACGCAGUCGCCGGCGGUCUCGAGCUCAGUCUGCUCGCGGACCUGCGUGUGGUCGAGGAAGAUGCUGUCUUCGGGGUGUUUUGUCGGCGUUUCGGCGUGCCCUUGAUCGAUGGCGGCACGGUGCGGCUGCAACGCAUAAUCGGGCUGGGUCGUGCAAUGGAUAUGAUUCUGACGGGGCGAGCGGUGAGUGCACAGGAGGCUUUGGGCAUGGGUCUUGCGAAUCGGGUUGUUUCAAAGGGGAAAGCGGUUGAGGAGGCGAUGGCGCUCGCAACACAGUUGCUAAAGUUUCCGGACAAGUGUAUGAAUGUGGAUAGGAAGAGUGUGUAUUAUGCGGCGUACGAGGCAAAGGGGUUGCAGGAUGCGCUGGGGUUUGAGUUUGAGAAUGGGAAGAAGGUAGUUCUGGACGAGAGUGUGCAAGGGGCGGCCAGGUUUCGGGAUGGUGUUGGGAGGCAUGGUGUGUUUGAUGGGAAGGCCAAGUUAUAA